UUCAUCACUCAACAGUCAAACAUAUUUUUAUAACAAAACUCAAUUAUAACAUUAUCUAUCAACUACUACAAACACAAUUCUACUUUUAAAAAAAUGAAUCUUUUCAAAUGGGCAUCCAUUAUUUUAAUCAUUUCACUUGUAAAACCUGCAAUCUCAAAUGGGGUCUCAACAAAGUUUCUAGAAUUUGCAAAAAAAGAUGAGAUUUUUAGUUGGAUGGUUGGGGUAAGAAGAAAGAUACAUGAGAACCCAGAACUGGGUUAUCAAGAAUUUGAAACAAGUAAAAUUAUUAAACAAGAAUUGGACAAAAUGGGGAUUACAUAUAAUAAUGAUAAACAUGAAAUUGCAGUUACAGGUGUUGUUGGUUUUAUAGGAUCUGGUGAUCCUCCUUUUGUUGCAUUAAGGGCUGAUAUGGAUGCUCUUCCUUUGCAGGAAAUGGUGGAAUGGGAACACAAGAGUAAAGUUCCGGGAAAGAUGCAUGCUUGUGGUCAUGAUGGUCAUGUCACUAUGCUUCUUGGGGCUGCAAAGAUUCUCAAAACACAUAGUCAUAUUUUGAAGGGAACAGUAGUUCUGGUUUUUCAACCGGCUGAGGAAGGCGGUGGUGGGGCAAAGCAAGUAUUGGAUAGUGGAUCUCUUGAGAAUGUGGAGGCAAUAUUUGGUUUACAUGUCCAUCCCGAGCAACCAUUUGGUCAAGUAUUUUCCCGAUCUGGCACCCUUUUGGCAGCCAGUGGCUUUUUUGAAGCCAUUAUAACCGGUAAAGGAGGUCAUGCCGCCAUUCCUCAUCAUUCAAUCGACCCUGUAUUAGCAGCUUCAAAUGUUGUUGUCAGCUUACAACAUCUUGUGUCAAGAGAAGCCGAUCCACUUGAUUCUCAGGUUGUUACAGUUGGUAUGUUCCAUGGAGGCGGUGCUUUUAAUGUUAUUCCGGAUUCAGUCACCAUCGGUGGAACAUUUCGAGCUUUCUCUAAAGAAAGUUUUAUGCAACUCAGGGAACGAAUAGAGAAGGUUAUUGUUGGGCAAGCAAGUGUACAUAGAUGUAAUGCAACCGUAGAGUUCUCCUCAAAGAACAAACCUUUUUACCCUGCCACAAUAAAUCACGGGGGAUUACACAAGUUCUUCAAAGGUGUUGCAGGAGAUGUUCUAGGUGUCAAUAAUGUUCAAGAAACGGCACCAUUCAUGGGUGCAGAGGAUUUUUCUUUCUACCAAGAGGUUAUACCUGGUUAUUUCUACUUUAUUGGAAUGAAUAAUGAAAAAAAUGAAGAACCCGCAUCACUACAUUCCCCGUUUUUUCAACUUAAUGAAGAUAUUCUUCCUUAUGGUGCUGCAUUGCAAGCAUCUUUGGCUGUUAGGUACCUCAGUCAAAGUCAACAUCCAAAAAAACAUGACGAAUUGUGAAGUGUUUACUUAAGAAAGUUGUCACUAGUAUCUUAUAUUGUCUAAUUUACAAGCAGUUUAUAUCCUUCCCUGCUAACAAGACGACUAUUAUAAGCUUUAUAAAACAGUUGAUGGCAUUGACCAUAUGCCCAUCUAGGUUUGAUUAUUAUACAGGUGCAUGAUCAGAACGCUUAUUAUGCUUGGACUUUUACUGUAUAUAAAAGCGAUAUGAUUAUUCAAGUUCA